AUGAGCAGAAAAUCAAAAGCAGGUAGUAAAUCUGGUGGUGCAGAACAUUCAAAUGUGGUUCACAAUAAUCCUGUUGAACAAUCAUCUACCAAUAUUCAAAAGAUGCAAACUGUUCUUCUUAUCUGGCUGGAUAGUAAUAUUGAUGAGAAUGAUGAAGAUUGUCAAUACACAAUUACAAAACUACGACAUGUAAUUGACAUUAUGUAUCCAUUUACAGAUGGUGAACAAUGUAUCGAAUUCAUCGAUUCGCUAACCGAUGAGAAGGUUUGCAUGGUUAUUUCUGGCUCACUAGGUAAACGUAUACUACCAGAAAUACACGAUAUGCCUCAAGUGGAUACAAUUUUUAUCUUUUGCGAAGAUGAAGAGCGUCAUCGAUCAUGGACUAGUAAAUGGCAAAAAAUUCAGGGCGUCUUUGCGGAAAUAGAACCAAUUUGUAAAGCUCUAAAAAAAGCAGUUAAACAUUGUGAACGAGAUGCCACGCCAUUAACCUUUAUUGGCUCGAAUAAAAGUUACGAUCAAUUAGAUCCAUCAUUUAUGUACACUCAAAUAUUAAAAGACAUUUUAUUAAAAAUUAAAUUCGACGAGACACACAUAAAAGAAUUCAUUGACUAUUGUCGUGAUACUUUUGCCGAUAGUGAAGAACUGGAUAAUGUUAAAGAAUUGAAACUCACUUACCACAAAAAAAAAUCAAUAUACUGGUAUACACGUGAAAGUUUUUUAUGUCCCAUGCUCAAUCGUGCAUUAAGAUUAAUGAAUGGAGAUAUUAUUAUAAGAAUGGGAUUUUUUAUUCGUGAUCUUCAUCGAAGCAUAGAAGAAUUACACGACGAACAAUUUGCUGAUUCUAAUACUCAUAAAAAGUUUAAGGUCUAUCGUGGACAAGGCUUAUCGAAGAUUGAUUUCAAGAAAUUAAGAAAAGCUCAAAGUGGUCUAAUUUCAUUUAAUAAUUUUUUAUCUACCAGCUCAAAUGGUGAAACCUCACUUGCUUUUGCACAAGAUGCUAUAAAAAAUCCUGAUUUAAUAGGAAUUCUCUUCAUCAUGAAUAUUGAUCCAUCGAAAUCAACUACUCCGUUCGCUUCAGUCCAAGGUUGUAGUUACUAUGAAGAAGAAGAUGAAAUUCUCUUUUCUAUGCAUACUGUCUUUCGUAUUGGUAAUAUUAAAUCAAUCGAUGAAGACGAACGUAUAUUUGAAGUACGGUUAACACUUACCAGUGAUAGUGAUGAAGAUUUAUGCAAACUUACUGAUUACAUUCGCGAAGAGACAUAUCCAAAUGAGACAGGAUGGUAUAGAUUAGGUUCAGUUUUACUUAAAAUGGGUCAAUACAAAAAAGCCGCAGAAAUUUAUGAAGUUCUUCUUAGUAAAACAGCGGAUGAAAAAGAAGAAGCUCCUAUUUAUCAUCAACUUGGAAUGACCACAUAUUAUUCAGGAAAAUAUCAGGAAGCAAUUACAUUUUAUGGAAAAUCUAUUGAAAUCCAACAAAGAAUUUAUUCUGCCUAUCAUCCUGACUUAGCUAAAUCAUACAAUUGGAUUGGUAAUGCGUAUGAGAGCUUAAAUGAAAAUGAGAAAGCACUUUCAUAUCACGAAAAAGCUCUUAAAAUUCAAAAACGAUCACUUUCUCCCAAUCAUCUUGAUUUGGCUUCUACUUACAAUAGUAUUGGUGUCGUAUAUAAAAAUAUGCGUGAGUUUGACAAAGCACUUUCUUGUUAUAAGAAAGAUCUUGCAAUUAGUAAACAAGCACUUCCUUCCAAUCAUCCUGAUUUAGCUGCGUCCCACAACAACCUUGGUUUAUUAUAUAAGGCUAAGGCUGACUUUGAGAAAGCUCUUUCUAAUCAUGAAAAAGCUCUUGAAAUUCAACAGCAAACUCUUCCUCCUGAUCAUCCUGAUUUAGCUAACACUUAUAACAAUAUUGCUUUAGUUUAUAAGAACAUGGGUAAUCAUGGAAAAGCAGUUGCAGCUUGUGAAGAAGCCCUUAAAAUUCGACAAGAAUCCUUACCUCCUAAUCAUCUUGAUUUGGCUGCUACUUAUAACAACAUGGGCGAAAUGUAUUAUAACGUAGGUGAUUACUCGAAAGCACUCUUAUCUCAUGAACAGGCCCUUAAAAUUAAACGAAAAUCGCUUCCAGUCAAUCAUCUUGAUUUAGCCAUGUCUUUUGGACACAUGGGUAAUGUAUAUAACAAAAUGGGUGACUACUCAAAAGCACUUAUAUGCUGUCAACGUGCUGUAGAUAUUGCACAAAAAUUACUACCACCCAAUCAUCAUCAUCUUCUAUGGUAUAUACAAAAUCUUGAAGAUGUUAAAAAAAAAAAGAAAUUAUAA